AUGGUGAUGGAGUGGAUUCGAGGAAACAAAAUCGGUAGGGGAGGCUUCGCCACCAUCUACAAAGCGAAACCCAAAAACCCAUCUUCUCAACUUCCAGCGUUGGUGGCCGUGAAGACUACUGAAUCAGGCGAUUAUGUGACAAUCACACCAUCGAAAACGGCGAGGGAGUUCUACAACUUGGUUUUGGAGUACGUGAAUGGAGGUACACUGGCUGAUGAGCUCAAGAAGAACGGUGGUCGUUUGCCGGAAGUCGAAAAAGCAGGGGAAACGCAAAGUAAAGUCGAAGUACGAGGCACUCCACUGUACAUGGCGCCGGAAUCAGUAAACGACAACAUGUAUGAGGCGUGUUCUGACGUUUGGUCUCUCGGGUGUUUGGUGGCGGAGAUGGCGAAGGGAAAACCGGCGUGGGAUCACAAACCUGGGGCGAAUAUGUUCAAGGUUUUGAUGAGGAUUGGAGGAGAUGAGAUGCCGCAGAUUUGA